AUGUCGAGCGCCAAGGUUAAGACUGCUCAGCUCUGGGGAAAGAGCAAGGACGACCUCACCAAGCAGCUCGAUGAGUUGAAGACUGAGCUCGGCCAGCUUCGUGUCCAGAAGAUCUCUCAGGGGGCUUCUUCCAAGCUCAACCGGAUCCAUGACCUCCGCAAGUCCAUUGCUCGCAUCUUGACCGUCAUCAAGGCCAACCAGCGCGCCCAGCUCCGCCUCUUCUACAAGGGCAAGAAGUACCUCCCCCUCGACCUCCGAUCAAAGCAGACUCGUGCCAUCCGCCGACGACUCACCAAGAACGAGGCUUCCCUUAUCACAGAGAAGCAGCGCAAGAAGAGCAUCCACUUUCCCCAGAGGAAGUUUGCUGUUAAGGCUUAA